GCUGCGGCCCAGACGCCCGGGCUUGACCGCUGCGAGGGCCGACCCCGGGCCGGGGGGUAUGUUCCGUUUUGUGCUUUUUGUUUUAGAAGCUACUAAAGGGUGUUGGGGAUACGUCUGGCUGUUAUGACGGCCAAAAGGCCUGUUGACUGGGGCUGCCUUUAACCCUUUCAUAUUUGCAGAGAAUGCAGCCGUGUGACAGUAACUGAACACUGGUCCAAAGUCUUUCCAAAAGGUCAAGGUUCACAAGAACAUCUGAUCCAAUUCAUGACCAUGGGGGAUAUGAAGACCCCCGACUUUGACGACCUGCUGGCAGCGUUUGACAUCCCCGACAUGGUCGACCCGAAAGCAGCCAUCGAGUCUGCCCAUGACGACCAGGAGAGCCAUAAGCAGGGUGCCCAGGCGGACGACGACGCGCACGCACCGUCCUCCUCGGACGUGGGCGUCAGUGUCAUCGUGAAGAACGUCCGCAGCAUCGACGCCUCGGACGGCGCCGAGAAGGACGGCCACAACCCCCCCGGCAAUGGCCUGCACAACGGCUUCCUGACGGCCUCCUCUCUCGACACGUACGGCAAGGAAGGAUCGAAGUCCCUGAAGGGAGACGUGCCUACCUCAGAGGUGACCUUAAAGGACUCGGCCUUCAGCCAGUUCAGCCCCAUCUCUAGCGUGGAGGAAUUUGACGACGAUGAGAAGAUCGAGGUGGACGACCCCCUGGACAAGGAGGACCCGCGCGCGGGCUUCAGAGCGAACGUGCUGGCGGGCUCAGGCCCCCAGCAGGACUACGACAAGCUGAAGGCGCUCGGGGGAGAGGGUGUGAGCAAGGCUGGCGUCCCAGUGCCGGGCGGCCUUGAGAAAAGCAAAGUCGUCAAGAGGGAGAUGGAGACAAAUUCUCUAAACCUGAGCGUUUACGAACCUUUCAAAGUCAGAAAGAUGGAGGAUAAGCUGAAGGAGAGCUCUGAAAAGGUGCUGGAGAACAGGGUCCACGAGGGGAAGCUGGGCUCCGAGAAGAACGAUGCUGGCCUUGGUGGCACGGCGUCAUCGCGGACCAAGCCGUCCUCCAAGCUCUCUUCCUGCAUCGCCGCGAUUGCGGUGCUCAGUGCAAAAAAGGCCGCCUCUGACUCCUCCAAAGAGCCGGCGACCAACUCCCGGGAGUCCUCUCUGUUACCGAAGGAUGUCAACGACAGCCCUCGAGCCACCGAGAAGUCUCCCGAACCCCAGAGCCUCAUCGACGGGACGAAGAAAGCAUCCCUGAAGCAGCCGGACAGUCCCCGGAGCGUUUCCAGCGAAAACAGUAGCAAGGGGUCGCCAGCCUCCCCCGUGGGGUCGACACCAGCAAUCCCCAAAGUUCGCAUCAAGACCAUCAAGACGUCUUCCGGGGAGAUCAAGAGGACGGUGACGCGGGUGCUGCCUGAGGUGGAGCUCGAGGCGGGCAGGAAGCCCUCGGAGCAGGCAGGGCCCGUGGUGGCCUCGAUGACCUCGCUCCUGUCGUCCCCUGCCCCGGCUGCCGUGCUCGCCUCCCCGCCCCGGGCGCCCCUGCAGUCCGUGGUCGCCAAUGCCGUGGCGCCAGCCGAGCUGACCCCCAAGUAGGUCACCAUCAAGCCCGUGGCGACCGCCUUCCUCCCGGUGUCGGCCGUGAAGACGGCCGGCUCCCAAGUCAUCAACCUGAAGCUGGCCAACAACACAACGGUCAAGGCCACGGUCAUCUCCGCCGCCUCCGUGCAGAGCGCCAGCAGCGCCAUCAUCAAAGCCGCCAACGCCAUCCAGCAGCAGACCGUGGUGGUGCCGGCCUCCAGCCUGGCCAACGCCAAACUCGUGCCAAAGACUGUGCACCUCGCCAACCUUAACCUCCUGCCUCAGGGCGCCCAGGCCACCUCCGAGCUCCGCCAGGUGUUGACGAAACCGCAGCAGCAGAUCAAGCAGGCGAUAAUCAGUGCCGCGGCCUCGCAGCCGCCCAAGAAGGUGUCGCGGGUGCAGGUGGUGUCGUCCCUGCAGAGCUCCGUGGUGGAGGCUUUCAACAAGGUGCUGAGCAGCGUCAACCCAGUCCCAGUUUACGUCCCCAACCUCAGCCCCCCUGCCAACGCGGGCAUCACCUUGCUGACCCGCGGCUACAAGUGCUUGGAGUGCGGGGACUCCUUCGCCCUGGAGAAGAGCCUGAGCCAGCACUACGACAGGCGCAGCGUGCGCAUCGAAGUGACCUCUAACCACUGCACCAAGAACCUGGUGUUUUACAACAAGUGCAGCCUGCUGUCGCACGCCCGCGGGCACAAGGAGAAGGGCGUGGUGAUGCAGUGCUCGCACCUGAUCUUGAAGCCGGUGCCGGCGGAUCAGAUGAUUGUCUCCCCGUCAAGCAAUACCCCCGCCUCAUCGUCCAGCCUCCCCAGCUCCGUGGGAGCCGGCGCGCACACGGUCACCAAAAUCCAGCCUGGCAUCACCGGGACGGUCAUAUCGGCCCCUUCCAGCACGCCCAUCACCCCCGCCCUGCCCCUGGACGAAGACCCCUCCAAGCUCUGCAGGCACAGCCUCAAGUGUCUGGAGUGUAACGAAGUCUUCCAGGACGAGACGUCGCUGGCCACCCAUUUCCAGCAGGCUGCAGAUACGAGCGGACAAAAGACUUGCACGGUCUGCCAGAUGCUGCUCCCCAACCAGUGCAGUUACACCUCCCACCAGCGGAUCCACCAGCACAAGUCCCCCUACACCUGCCCCAAGUGCGGCGCCAUCUGCAGGUCCGUGCACUUCCAGACCCACGUCACCAAGAACUGCCUGCACUACACGCGCAGAGUGGGUUUCCGGUGUGUGCAUUGCAAUGUUGUGUACUCUGACGUGGCCGCACUGAAGUCUCACAUUCAAGGCUCUCACUGUGAAGUCUUCUACAAGUGUCCUAUCUGCCCAAUGGCGUUUAAGUCUGCCCCAAGUACACACUCCCAUGCCUACACGCAGCACCCUGGCAUCAAGAUAGGAGAACCAAAAAUAAUAUAUAAGUGUUCCAUGUGCGACACCGUAUUUACCCUGCAAACCCUGCUUUAUCGCCACUUUGACCAACACAUUGAAAACCAGAAGGUGUCCGUCUUCAAGUGUCCAGACUGUUCUCUCUUAUAUGCCAUGAUGGACCACAUCAAGUCUAUGCAUGGAACGUUGAAAAGUAUCGAAGGCCCCCCCAACCUGGGAAUAAACUUGCCUUUGAGCAUUAAGCCUACAACCCAAAAUUCCGCUAACCAAAACAAGGACACCCGAUCCCUGAACGGGAAAGAGAAGUUGGAAAAGAAAUCCCCAUCGCCCGUGAAAAAGUCACUGGAACCCAAGAAAGUGGCCAGUCCCGGGUGGACGUGUUGGGAGUGUGACCGGUUGUUCACGCAGAGAGACGUUUACAUUUCCCACGUGAGGAAGGAGCAUGGGAAGCAAAUGAAGAAACACCCGUGCCGCCAGUGCGACAAGUCCUUCAGCUCGUCCCACAGUCUCUGCCGCCACAACCGGAUCAAGCACAAAGGCAUCAGGAAAGUUUACACCUGCUCGCACUGUCCAGACUCCAGGCGUACCUUCACGAAACGGUUGAUGCUGGAGAAACAUAUACAGCUCAUGCACGGCAUUAAGGAUCCUGACUUGAAAGAAAUGACAGAAGCCACCAAUGAGGAGGAGACAGAAAUAAAAGAAGACACCAAGGCUCCCAGUCCCAAGCGGAAGCUGGAGGAGCCGGUGUUAGAGUUCCGCCCUCCCCGAGGGGCCAUCACGCAGCCCCUGAAGAAGCUGAAGAUCAACGUGUUCAAGGUGCACAAGUGCGCCCUGUGCGGCUUCACCACCGAGAACCUGCUGCAGUUCCACGAGCACAUCCCGCGGCACAGGUCGGACGGCUCCUCCCAGCAGUGCCGCGAGUGCGGCCUCUGCUACACGUCGCCCAUGUCGCUGUCGCGGCACCUCUUCAUCGUCCACAAGCUGAAGGAGCCGCAGCCGGCGGCCAAGCAGCACGGGGCGGGCGAGGAGAGCCGGCCGGAGAGCCAGCCCGGGCCCGAGGACGCGCCGGCCGACGGCCCCGUGCCCGACCGAACGUGCAGAGUGUGCGCGAAGACGUUCGAGACGGAAGCUGCUUUAAACGCUCACAUGCGGACCCACGGCAUGGCCUUCAUCAAAUCCAAAAGAGUGAGCUGGGCGGAGAAAUAG